AUGGAACUUGUGGUGGCUCGACAGGUUGGGUCUGUGAUCCUUCUUGUGGUGCGUGUUGCUCCAAAGAUGGUCGUUGUGGCCGCAGUGAGGCAUUCUGCGGCGAUGGCUGGCAAGUCAAUCAGCACAACCUGUUUCAGCCUCAAGCCGGUAACUGCAACGCACCAACCACGAAGCCACCAGGACCAGGAGAUUCAUCACCAGACGGAUCUUGCGGCGGUACCAACCAGUUCAUCUGUAAAGGCACCGGCUUUGGGGACUGCUGUUCAGCCAGCAACUUCUGUGGCAACUCAACAGCCCACUGCGGGGCAGGAUGUCAAUCAGGCUUCGGUUCCUGCUCAAACGACAAAACAUCGCCUGAUGGAACAUGCGGCGGGUCUACCGGAUAUUCAUGUAUCGGCUCUGGCAAGGGAGAUUGCUGUAGCUCCUCCGGUUAUUGCGGUUCUGGAUCAAGCUUCUGUGGUGGUGGUUGUCAGUCACAGUUCGGGUCGUGCUCAACUGACAAGACAUCUCCUGAUGGGACCUGUGGUGGGGCCAAUGGAUAUGCCUGCACAGGCUCUACGUAUGGGACUUACUGUAGUAGCUCUGGCUAUUACGGUAGUUCAACAACGUUCUGUGGCUCUGGGUGUCAAGUGGCGUUUGGGACAUGCACUGGUGGUAACAUAUUUCCAGAUGGGACAUGUGGUGGUGCCAAGAAAUACCAGUGCACAGGGUCCAGUUUCGGUGAUUGCUGUAGUACACAGGGCUACUGUGGCAGCGACUCCCUUCACUGUGCCUCCACGAGCUGUCAAACGGCGUACGGAACAUGUCUUGCUCCCACCACAACAUCGACCAAAAUUCCAGCACCAAGUAAUAUCUCACAAGAUGAAGCUUGUGGUACCAAUGGGAAGACCUGUACAGGAAGCACAUUCGGAGGGUGCUGUAGCUCGAAUAAUUACUGCGGCAAAGACGUCAAUCAUUGUGCCCAAGGCUGUCAAACCAAGUUCUCGAAUCUCUGCCAGACAUCAAAUGUCGCCUCCUUAA